AUGUCAUUUAAAUUUAAUUUUCAUAUUGAUGAUAAAGAAGAUAUAAAAGAAGAUAAAGAUAUAUCAGAAUUUGAUAUAGAAUCUAAAAUUGAUGAAUUACCAUCAAAAUAUUUAGAGUUUAAUGUUAAUAAUAAAGAUAUAAUUUUAAAAUUAGAAAAUGAAAACGUUAAUUUUAAUCAAAAUAAAAGUUUAAAGAAAUUAAUUAAACCAUUUAAAAAUAAUGAAAAUAGUGGUGAUAAUAAUAAUGAUAAUAAUUAUGAAAAUUUAUUAAAUAAAACAGAUUUAAUUCCAGGUGUAUACGAAGGUGGUUUCAAAUUAUGGGAAUGUGCAAUUGAUGUUAUUAAUUAUUUAAUUGAAGAUAAUAUAGAUUUAAAAAAUAAAAAAGUUUUAGAAAUAGGAUGUGGACAUGGUUUGCCAGGUAUAUUUUGUUUACUUCAUGGUAGCGUGGUAACAUUUCAAGAUUAUAAUCAAGAGGUUAUAUUUAAUUUAACUCAACCAAAUUUAAUAAUUAACAAUAGUAAUAAUGACAAUAACAAUAAAGAAAAUAGUAAAUUUAUAUCGGGCGAUUGGAAGUUUGUUGAUGAAUUAUUAAAUAAUGAAAAAUUCGAUCUUAUUUUAACCUCAGAUACAUUAUAUAAUAUUGGAUCUUUUAAAAAACUUCAUAAUCUAAUUUCAAAUCAUUUAGAGACAAAUGGAAAAUGUUAUUUAGCAAGUAAAACAUAUUAUUUUGGAGUUGGUGGUGGAAUUAGAAAAUUUGAAGAACUAGCAAACGUUUUAAAUAUUUUAUCAAUUAAAACAGUAAGGGAUAUUAAAGAUGGUUUUUCAAAUGUUAGAGAAGUUGUUGAAAUUACAAAAAAAUAA